AUGGCGGUGUUCCAGAUUGGCGGUCACGUACUCACUUCAAUGGCUAUCUCUAGAGUACCAGUCAGUACCGUUCAUACGAUCAAAGCACUCUCGCCCCUCUUUACAGUGCUGUCCUACAAAUUCUUAUUUAAAGUCAACUACUCAACGCAAACGUACUUGAGUUUGCUACCAUUAACCAUUGGAGUUAUGCUUGCAAUGUCUUUUGAUAUGUCUUUAUUAAACACGCCCGGACUGGUUUAUGCUUUGUUAUCAACAUUUGUCUUCGUCUCUCAGAAUAUUUUCAGCAAGAAGUUAUUACCUUCGGAUACUCAAAAGCACAGCUCGCAGAAGUUGGAUAAACUUAACUUGUUAUUCUACUCAUCUUUGAUGGCUUUUACUUCAAUGAUUCCACUGUGGUUCUACUCAGAUUUUGGGCACGUUCGGAAUUUGCUCUUCAUUGGAUCAUCUGUUGAUCGCCCAGUUGGAUUUAGCUUAUGUAUACUCUCCAAUGGCUUCGUACACUUUAUUCAAAAUCUCGUUGCAUUUGCCAUUUUAGCUGCGACUUCCCCAGUGACGUACUCGAUUGCAUCACUCACGAAAAGGAUCGCGGUGAUUUGCCUUGCUAUCAUCUAUUUCAAGCAAAGUGUUCACUUUAUACAAAUUAUUGGUAUUGUCAUGACAGGCGUUGGGUUGUACUUGUACAACAAGUCAAAGCAAGAUGUUAACAAAGGUGAAGUUAAAGUUAGGAGGGAUGAAGCCUUACGUGACUUUGCAUUACCAACGACAAAAUCAGAUGACAAGUUUCUUAGCGGUAAAGAAAGCCCUUGGCAGCAAUAUACCUCCUCUGCAGCAUUCUAUCCAAUCACCAACAAUCCAAGCGAGAACGUCAUGGAAAUGCCAGCAUAUACAAACAAUCUAGCAAAUAACCAAGUAAAAUAUCGUCAAGAUCACGCUUAUCCGUCACCGCCUACAUCAGUUGAUAGCUCACCACCGCAACCUGCAUCGUAUAUCAAUUCAUAG